UUCUCCCUAACCAACACUCGCCACUCGUUAUUCGUUGCAUUCGUGUCUUAGUGUGUGGAAGCGUCUUUUCGUUUAGUGUUAAAUCUCGUAUUCUUUGUCUCGCCCUAAUCAAUCAAUUAAAAAAAUGUCCGAACAAGGAGAUAACGCACCAACUCAAGACGAACAGCAGCCAAAGGAGAAUUCCACCCCCGAAAAGAAGGAAAUUCAAGAAAAUGGUACCGGCGAAUCCGAACCUGUUGCGGAUCCCGAACCGCCGAAAGAAAUGAGGGCGGUCGUCCUCACCGGCUUUGGUGGUUUGAAAUCCGUAAAAAUCUUAAAGAAACCCGAACCAACCCUCGCCGAGGGAGAAGUUUUAAUUCGUGUCAAAGCUUGCGGAUUGAAUUUUCAAGAUCUAAUGGUGCGUCAAGGCGCCAUCGAUUCGCCACCGAAAUGCCCUUUCAUUCUUGGUUUUGAGUGUGCCGGUGAGAUCGAGCUGGUCGGCGAAGGAGUAGAAGGAUUUGCGGUUGGAGAUCACGUUGUCGCUCUUCCCGAAUACAAAGCAUGGGCCGAACUUGUUGCCGUACCGGCGAAGUACGUAUUCAAAUUGCCCGAAGGAAUGAGUCCGCAGGACGCUGCCGCCAUUACCAUGAAUUACAUUGUCGCUUACAUCUUGCUUUUUGAACUUGGCGGUCUUUCGAAGGGAAAGAGCGUAUUGGUGCAUUCGGCAGGCGGCGGUGUGGGCCAAGCCGUAGCACAAUUAGCAAAAACCAUCCCUGACGUUACGGUCUUUGGCAUUUGCUCAAAAAGCAAACACGAAGCACUGAAGGCUUCAAACAGUCCACUCGACCAUCUCCUUGAACGCAACAGCGAUUACAUUGCAGAAAUUCGCAAGGUUCUUCCCGACGGCGUCGACAUCGUUCUGGAUUGUCUUUGUGGAGAAGAAUGUAAUCGCGGAUAUGCUAUCUUGAAACCAAUGGGCAGGUACAUUCUGUAUGGAUCAUCUAACGUUGUAACCGGAGAAACAAAGAGCUUUUUCAGCGCGGCUCGUUCUUGGUGGCAAGUGGACAAGGUGUCUCCAAUCAAAUUGUUCGAUGAGAAUCGCACGCUAUCCGGAUUUAAUCUACGACGGCUAAUGUAUCAACAGGGUGGUACUGAUUUCGUAAAACAAGUCGUUGAUAAAAUAUUCCAUUUGUACAAAGAGGGAAAAAUUAGACCUGUGGUGGAUUCAACUUGGGCUUUGGAAGAUGUGCACGAUGGAAUGCAAAAGAUGCACGACCAUAAGAAUAUCGGAAAGAUUGUGUUAGAUCCCAGUUUAGAACCCAAACCGAAACCUGCUACACCUGCAAAAGGUAAGAGUAAAGAGGAUAAGAAGAAACAACCUUCUGAGGAGAAAAAAGAUUGUGAUGAGAAGAAGGUAGAGAAUGGCAAAGAGGAGGAAAAGAAGGAGGAUAAAAAAGAAGAGCCGCUUACUAACGGCGAAUCUGCUGGAGAUUCAGAUUCAAAAGAAAAGGAAAAUUCAAAUUAAAUUUAUAAUAAGUUGAAACCGUCAUCAUGUUUUGUUGUGUAAAUAUUAAUUUGAAUAAUGUUUCUUCUUCAAUUCCUUUAAAACUAUAUAAAUAAGUAAAUGCAACGAUCUCAACAUUCACAACACCCUACUCUUUAAGUUACUUGGAGGUUCUUUUCCUUUAUCAGUUGUUAAGCAAAUGGUGCAUAUUUUAUUGUAAUUAGUAUUUAGUAUUUUUAUUUGUGAAUAGAUGUCAUUAGUGGCAUCUUUUAUAAUUACAUGUAUAUUGUGAAGAUUCAAAUUGCAUAUCUGUAAAGAUAUAUCUGACCAAAAGUAGCAUUUUAUAUGAUAUAUUUUUUCAUGCUUAGUUAGAUUUUU